GUGUAGUGAGAUCUGGGAAAUCCCCGGUCUCAACAAUGAAGUUGUAUCAGUCAUACGAAAUAUGCAACUUGAUUGCUGGCUUUACGAUCCUGUCUUCUGGUAAUACGUCUGUGUGUAUGUGGCGCUCUCAGCUCGGUUAUCUGAACUACACUCAAACAAGAGAUCAAUGUCUCGCAAAGAGAGCGAAUCUCUUCACGGUAAAAGAUGUGGGCAAGCUUAACAUAGCCAAAUUAAUAAACGUCGACUUCUAUAUAGGACUUGAGGACAUUGGAAGGAAUCGCACUUUUUUCUGGACCGAUGACAUGUCUGUGCUUGAUGAAUCUUUAAAGCUUCAGAUCUUUAAUAAAGGUGAACCCAAUAACUAUGCUGGUAAUGAGUACUGUGUCCAGUAUGCUGGUGCAUUUGGAAAGGUUCGUGACGUACCCUGUAACUGGACUGCAAAUGUCGUCUGCGAAAACAACUGUUUCCGUUUUUAGUCAUCUCUAUGUAAAUAAUAUUUCUUCUAUGCACGUUGUUAUCUGGAAUUAGAAAGUAAAGAAAACAAAAUAUGCACACACACCUCAACCUAUUUAGUUUGAUAGCCUGCUACCAUUGAAAGAGA